UUGGAUAUUUUAGCUAACCUUAGUAAUUAGUUAUUUGAAUAAAAUACAUUUUUGAUCGUGUUACAACAAUAGAUCAUGAAACUUAGACAUUUAUGGAAAACCGGGGAAAAACUGAGUUAUUUCUGCAGAAAUAACUUUCACUUAAAGCAACAGAAAUCUGGACAGUAAACCCUGUCCUCCAUUUGUUUCAAGAGUCUUUGAGGCUAAAUCGAAUCCUCAAGCUGCUGUCACACUGUUUUCACGUCUUGCAAUACAUACUGCCAUAUUAAAAAUAGUGGGUCUAAACAUAAGGAAAUGGACAAUAUGUAGACCAUUACGAUUUUUCAUGUCAUUGAGCUAUGGAUCAACUUCAAUACUCACUAGGGUUGAAUAGUACAUGUGUACUGGGAUGAGAAUUGUGAAUGGAUUUAGUAUUCGUUUUCUUUAUACUUGCUUUUUCUGUUGUGUCACAUUUUUAUAUUGACAAUUUCAACAAUCUAGAAAUUAAAUGUUUAUAUUCCCUGAAUGUCCCCAAGUGGUCAAGUUAUUAUUUGAGGAAUUAAACAGAAAGUACAAUUUUCCUAUAAUGCCAGAUUUUCGCACGCUACUGAAAUGAACUGCAGAUACAGAAAAUUACUUGUAAUGGAAAAAAUCUAAAGUGAUCUUAAUCAAGCAAACAUGGCUAUAGUUUGGUGUUAAUGCACCUGCACUUCUGUCUUACCACCAAAGUCAAAUUAAAUUAAACAUGAAAAUUUUAUUUUCAAAGUGUUUUCAAAUUAUUAUAAGUAAUUUUAAAAAGAAUGCUAAAAGAAUAGACUAAAUUUUACAGCCCAGCAGUGCAACAUUACUGAAGCAAGGAGGAAAUUACUCAUUUUAAAUAACAGAAAUACUUACUUUAAAGACACUGUUAUUUAUCAAUAAAUGUACAGUAAAUGAGUACAUAAGUACAUAAUCUUUCAUGGUCAAAUUUAAGAAUAGGUUUUAUGGCAACAAAAUAUUUAUGUGUGAAUGAGCACUAAGAUUAUUUUAAGAAACUAUCAUUGUGUGGGCCACAAAUUGUUGAUUUUGAUAAAGAGAAUAUUUUUCACAGGUAGCUGUAAGUUCUACUCACUUGUAUGUUAAUAAGAAAUACUUACUUAGCCAAGAAAAUACAUUCAAAAAUACAUGUGUAAAAUGAAUUAAAGCACAAAUGAAAACAGUAAUUGAAAUUUUUUACCUUUUGGUUCAACAAUAUCUCUACCCGCGGUGCUGAAUUCAAACAGACCAUUGAAGCUCUACAUGGUUUUAAAAUAAAUGUUGAGCUUCAUAGUCUCUUACUGUGGUGUUCUUUAAAUAUUUUAGCAUCUAUCUGUAAUAGGUUGAGAUGAUUUAGGUGUUUCAGAAGAGAAAACUGAGAAUGCUGAUGGACUGAAGCACUCUUCUUUGCUUGAAAUAUUUAUCUAAAUCAUUUUAAAUAUAGCUUACUAUUCUUGGUCUUUGCACUGGAAACAACUAUGAGUGAAUAAAACCUCUCAAGGCUGUUCUGCUGCUGAACCAGGCUUGGAGAGAGAAAUGGCAGGAGAGCCAACAGUAAACACAGCAGCUUUGCUUCACUGUUUAUGUCCCCAGAGUCUCCCUGGGCUGCUGCAUGGCUCAGUAUUAGAUUAUGGUUCACAUCUGGUCUGUGUGAUCACCAAAACAUCCAACCCACUUUGACAGCUGAGGCUUGGACUGGAUGAUCUGCUGCAGGAUGAGAAAAACCAGCUUAUGACAACAAACGUUUGGUUGACUCAGGAGUGGAUUGAUAACAAGCUGCGAUGGAAUCCAGAUAAAUAUGGUGGCAUCACCUCCAUCCGAGUUCCCUCAGAAAAUAUCUGGCUCCCAGACAUUGUCCUAUAUGAGAAUGCUGAUGGACGCUUUGAGGGCUCCCUGAUGACCAAAGCUAUCGUAAAGCACAACGGUGCCAUCACCUGGACGCCACCCGCCAGUUACAAGUCUGCCUGCACCAUGGACGUCACUUUUUUCCCCUUUGACCGGCAGAACUGCUCCAUGAAGUUUGGGUCGUGGACCUAUGAUGGAAACAUGGUGGACCUGGUCCUGAUGGACAACCACGUUGAUCGGAAAGACUUCUUCGACAACGGAGAGUGGGAGAUUCUCAGUGCUACUGGAGCCAAAGGAAACAGGAAGGAUGGCUUGUAUUCCUACCCAUUCAUCACCUACUCCUUCAUCCUGAAGAGAUUGCCAUUGUUCUACACGCUCUUUCUCAUUAUUCCCUGUUUGGGUUUGUCCUUUCUUACUGUCCUUGUGUUUUACCUUCCCUCGGAUGAAGGAGAGAAGCUGUCACUCUCCACCUCUGUCCUAGUGUCCCUCACUGUGUUCCUUUUAGUCAUAGAGGAGAUCAUCCCCUCCUCCUCCAAGGUAAUCCCUCUCAUCGGAGAAUAUUUGCUCUUCAUCAUGAUCUUCGUCACCCUUUCGAUUAUCGUCACCGUCUUCGUCAUCAAUGUGCACCACCGCUCCUCAGCCACAUAUCACCCAAUGUCGCCAUGGGUUCGCAGUCUUUUCCUGCAGAAACUGCCCAGACUGCUUUGCAUGCGAGGACACACGGACCGGUACCACUACCCGGAACUGGCUCCGGAAAGCCCUGAACUGAAGCCUCGCUCUGGAAGUCGGAGGGGAGGUUGGAAGACGAGCAGCGGAGCAUGUGGACAGGCAGCUUCUGAUGGGAAGGAGGAAGAAGCCUGGGCCACCAUGUUGGAGAAAGCCAUCUACUCGGUGCGGUACAUCAGCAGACACAUCCGUAAAGAGCACUUCAUUCGUGAGGUGGUUCAAGACUGGAAGUUUGUUGCCCAGGUGUUAGACCGAAUCUUCCUCUGGGCUUUUCUUACUGUCUCAAUUCUGGGCACCAUCCUCAUCUUCACUCCAGCCUUGCAGAUGUUCCUGAAAAUCCCUCCUCCAACUGCAACCGAGGAGCCGCCUCUACACCAGUAAACAUCACCAUCUUUAUCUGUGGCAGCUGAAGGUCUUCACUCCAGAAUUUAUAAAAAGUUACAGAUGAGCAAGAAGAAGAAACGCUCAGAGACUACAAAAUCUUCUGACCACAUUUAUAUACUGUUAUAUGUAUGUUUCAAGUGCACAAAAUAACGUUUCACAAAGCGAUGAGGGAGGUUUUUUGUUUUGAGGGCAGUUUAGUGCAUUUAUUUCUUCACAAAUGGUAGGUCACAUACGCUCACUCUUUAAGAUUGAAUGAAUGCUGAUAUUUAAUAAACUGGAAUCUAGAGAGUAAAACAGAAAAAAAGAUAUGCAUAUAGUGUAAAAGCUGAAUUUAUGCAUUUAAAUCACAUGCUCAAAUUAUUUCUGUUUGGAUGUUUGUUUUUCUACGUUUACAACCUGCAUAACGUCUCUUUAUCAAGUUGAAAACAGCCAAUUAAGAUUCCCAGAAAAUCAGAUUCUUAAAUUCUUGGCACUGAAAGCCAAUUAACACCAAAACAUGUCUUCUUGUUUAUCCUAGUUUCUAGCAGAAUAAUUUAACUACCAUAUAUGUUCAUUACCAAAACCUUGAGUUUUAUCUUAGUGGAAAAUUAGAACUCCUGUUUUAACUGUAUUUUAUGUUCUCUAAAAGUAAGCCCAUUUAAAAUAUAAGUAAAGUUCCCAUAGAGUUCUGUUUUGACUUGCUGCAUAAUGCAUUCCACUAAAAGCUUUAAAUAAGCUGAGUCUUUGGUUGCUGUACUUAAUGGCAUUUUUGGCCCUUGUUCUGUUUGAUAGAUUUGUAUCUAAUUUGUUUUCAAUAAAUCAUGCAGUAAAAUCUAAGGCUAUAAACGUAGGCGCUGCAAUAAAGAAAUCAGAGAUGAUAAUUGGCAACUCCUGAAGAAAAUACAUUUUUGAUGCUGAUAUCGCCACCCAGUGGUAAAUCAGAACACAACAUACAAAUGUUUCCUAAAACAAACUUAACAGGUAAACCAAAAUAUAAACACCAAGAACAAUGUAGAAAAAGACUACAUUUAAGACUUUAUUUAAAGAAAACAAUAAAAAGGUUACUCUGUAUUGAUGUGUAAUAAAGGCAUUUUUUAAAUUAUAAUGCCGUUAAUUUCCAUUGCCUGUUUUGUGUGUAUUUAAUUUGUAAAUAUCUUUUUUUAGAACACUGUGGAAAAUAAAUAAACAAGGACAGGGUAGUUUGCUCUCAAAGUUUUAUUAGAUGAAAAGUACAAUUCAUUUUAGAUAUUUUGGGCUACAUCUCAGUGAAAAAGUUGUAAAACUCAUUUCCUGUUUAAAAAAAGUAAGAAAUAGAUCUUCUACAAACUAAACUGUAAAGCACUCUCUGCACUACGAUCUACUGUAUAACUCCCAGUAGGAUCAAAAUCCUGCCUUUAAAAAGUUGUGAUAAUGUGUCCACAUCAUGAAGUUCCUCUAUCUUGUUGUCUAUCUGUGUUGGGCCGUCUGGCUGUCCAGGUGAGCUUGUGCAUUUCGCAGCAUCUCCAUUAACUGUCUGGUAUUUUCACUGCAACACACCCAGAUUAAAGAAAGAAAAUUAAUGAAUUUAAAGAAGCGUUUAAAAAAGGUCAACAAUCACUUUGACUUUAUUAUAAGCUGCAAAUUGAAAAAGCUGAUCUAAAUAAAAUAUUCUCAGAUGAUCAUUGAAACUAUC